UGUCAGAGCACAGCGAUCAUGUCUGGGCGAGGGAAGGGUGGGAAAGGCUUAGGCAAAGGUGGUGCUAAGCGCCACCGCAAGGUCUUGAGGGACAAUAUUCAAGGGAUUACCAAGCCAGCGAUUCGGCGCCUUGCUCGGCGUGGGGGGGUGAAGCGGAUCUCCGGCCUGAUUUACGAGGAGACCCGGGGUGUGCUGAAGGUGUUCCUGGAGAACGUCAUCCGGGACGCGGUCACCUACACCGAGCACGCCAAGCGCAAGACGGUCACUGCCAUGGAUGUGGUGUACGCGCUCAAGCGACAAGGACGCACCCUGUACGGCUUCGGAGGCUGAGCUGCCGCUCGCUAGUUAACUCGUGUAACAACCCAAAGGCCCUUUUUAGGGCCAACCAUAUAGUCUUCAGAGACGCUGGGCACUUGUGCGAAGUAUAAGGUACCCUUGCGUUUGGUGGGAGUUUGUUUGGUCACCCUCGGGUCAGGAGCUUGAGGGGAGCUUGUAUCCAGGACCUGACGGCUCAGGUAGUUUGCCGAAGGCUGCUUCUAAGCCGUCGGCUACCAUUUUCGUUUGUUGUGGACAGUGCUUCAGACUCGAACAGUAUUCUGGUUUGUUUAUGAGUGUGCUGUCUUAAUCGGCGCUUCUUAGGACUGUACAAAGUAGGAACCGGGAAAGUGAGGCGAGGCCCAGUCUCCUCCCUUCCUGCAGUCUCACUGCGUUCGUUUGCUUGGGCAGAGUGGGACAGCAGCCCCGGAGGAUUCACAGCUAGCGAGGGCGGCUGUGCCCCCUGGUGGUUUUGAGCCUCAGUUAACUCGCGGGGCUUCACUUCCACCUGUACAAAGGGGGGAGACUGAGCCAGCCAGAUAGCUUCGGGGUCCUGCUCACGUUGGAUAGGUAGUGUUUUGUGAAGCCCUUAGUUUCAAGUGUGUUCUGCUCACUUGUAAAGGUGCAGGAGCACUUGCAAAGCCGGAUUCUGCCAUCAGGUAUUCAGAAAUCAAGGAAAAGAAGUACGUUGUUACAGCAAGAGAUGAGCUCCCUAGUGCAGUUCAAAAUAAAUUUAGUAUACACUAACUGGCCCGUAUGAAAGGUAUUCUUGGUUUCCUGUGUUUUUGGUGUUUAGUAGAAAGGCCCCUCAGUUAUUUGCUGAGUACUUUUUGUGUGUGGGGGGGGGUGGGGGGGGUGUUGGUGUAACAUUCAAGGGAGAAUUUAUUAGUCAAAGACCGAUCAGGUCUUGUCUUUCAGUGAUGACACCGUGAAGAGACAGAUGCAGAGACAAAUAUCCUUCUGUAAAAGCUGAAAAAGACUGUAAUCUUAACGUUGUGAAAGCAAGUCUUCAAGAAACAUAAUUCAGGUCUACAGAAGUCUGGCUGCUGGGAAGCAGAAAAGCUUGGCUGUGGAGGUGGGCUUGUGUCAGGCUUUGAAGAAAGAGCAGAAUGCCUGGCACCUACUGAGAUACACAGUAAAGGAAGAGGGGAGAAGGGCAGGAGGACCAAGGAGGGAGUUGCAAGAACAACAUUUGUGAAGACGUCCAGGUGAGAAAUAAAUAAGAGGACUCAAACGUUCAAGAUGUUUCAUUUUCCCUUUAAAGUCUCAGCUGCAACUGGCAGCAUUUCUAUUUCAAAAAUCACUUGCUUUUUGUUUUUUAACUUUAAAGGCAACGCCAACUGAAUAUAAUCUGUUCCUUACUGAGAUAACUCUGGAGAAGGAGAUGACAAAAGUUGGAAGGGAAAUCAAAUAAUAAAGGAAGGGGGUUGGGGAAACAUGUCCAGUCCAGUGUCUAAACUAGUGGUUCUCAAAGUAUGGUCUCUAAUCUAGAAGCAUCAGAUCACCUGGGAACUUGUUAGACAUGCAAACUCUUGGGCCACCGCAGGCCUCUUGAAUGAGAAACUCUUGGGGCUGAGACUUAGCAAUUUGUAGUUUAACAUAACCUCCAGGUGAUUCUGAUCCAUAUUAAAGUUUGAGGACCACUGGCCGAAGUAACAGUUUUUCUUUAAAUGAAACAAAACUAUUCAGAAGCUGAAUAUAUAUAUCGUCCUAAUUUGUUUACCAUAAUGUUAAAUUUUGCUUUCUUUGAUGGAAAAGAAAAACGUUAGAUGAAUCAUCCUAAUAAAUUUUCUCUAAGAUAAAAAUAUUGCAAGAAGGAAAAGGAUGAAACAGCUUACUUCCUCAAAGUGUUUGGGGCAAACAUAAAAGACGUAUUAUGACUGAAAAAUGCAGUCAACUUGUUUUGCUAAAUAUUCUGGGUUUGUUAUCUUUAAUAGUAUAGAAUUUCGUGAUCAAUGGAUGUGUUUCCUAAAUUUCUCUAAGUUCUUGUCCUUUACCCAUCAAUUAUACAUCUUCUUUACAGUGAUUUUAAUACUGAUCCUUGGUCCUAUCUUGUCUACUCCACUAAAUACUAUUAUGGUAUUGCAUAAAUGGAUCCUAUGUUAGUUGUGUCCAGCCUCUGAAUAUGGCCAGAUUAUGGAAUAUGCCUUAUGCAUCUUUUUGCAUUAAUAAAUGACUUUUUUGAUGUUAUUAUUCUUAACCCUCUGUAACAGUAAUGAAUAUAAUGCGAUUUUAUCUCUGAUCUGCUAACGAAAUAACUUCCUUCUGACUUCCAACCCUGAGUGGGUUAGGUGCUCUCUGUAAGCCAGCCCUGGCUGCCAUCUCUCCGCUCCCUGGGGGAAUUCAGGACUUCCAUUGGAAUACAUGUAAAUGAUUAUAGAAUCCAAUCUGUGGGUCCAAUUCCACUACUAUGGUCAUAGAGGCACCUAAGUGUCCCCCUGGCUAAUCAAACCUCAAAAUGGACCAGUUUGAAGCCUUCCCUUCCCUUUCCAGGCUCCAUACUUCCCUGAAGAGCAGCAUUAUCCUCCCACUAUCACCCAGGCUAGAUGUUCCUGAGCCAUCUUUCACUACAUUCUUAUUUUCUUCCCUCAAAAUCGUUCACUCUGUACUUUAUAAUUCUAGCUAUUGAUAAUAACAUGUGUUACUCUCUACUUGAGCCCAAAGAAUUGAACUAUUUAUGCGGAAUGUUAAUAGUAUAUUUAAAUAUGCAUGGAUGUAUAGAGAAUUAUCAGGAAGAAUGUUCAUAAUAAAAAUGUAUGAAAGACUUA